AUGAAGAGAAAAAUACUGAUUUUAAUAUUAUUAACGAGUUUAUUGGAUUUUGGGAAUGCUUAUAAAUUUACUGGGGGCGACAGUUGUAUUGAUAACGACAAGCAAUGCGACUUUUUAGAACAAAUUUCAUUAAAAGACAGUUGCACUUCUUCAAACUGCAAAAGUGAGAUCAACAAAGAACGAGUCUGGUUCUACGGACAUGAGUUCAAUACAAAUAAGGUCUUUGUCCAUGCAAAUGGGCACACGACAUUCGGAGACGAAGAGAUCGACUUCGGAACAAAAUCAUCAUUCGGUCAAGCUACUAUGAGAUCUUAUGGAUCACGUGGAUUUCCUUAUGUAAACCUCCCUUACUUCAAGUGCUUCAGUGAUGAAAUGAUAGAGAUAAUUGAGUACGAGUUUUAUUGGACCUUAUCAGACGAUUGCCGACACGAAGCUCAAGAAGUUCAGGAAAUUAUCGACGAAUACUUUGAUGAAGAAGAAUGCAAAACAUAUUUCGAAGUUAUCUGGAAAACUUGUGUACGCGAAGAUAGCACAAUUCACGAUGACUUCUCAUCAAUUAUCGUUUCAUCUACGGAUUAUACGCUCAUCAUCAAUCAUUAUGAAAACCUCUCAGAAAUCAACGCGGAGGUCCUUGUUGUUGGCGUUGCAGGAGGCGAGUUCACAAAAUCUUGGUUUAGCUUCGACAUCAACCAGACAGAGAAUGCAGAUCACAAGGCGACGCUAUUUCUCGGAAGCUUGCAGAAGUCAUCAAAUAUGGUUGGGGAAAGAAAGGGCUACUGGGCCUGGUCUUCCGAACAGCAGGAAGAACAAGAAACGCCAAAGCGAUUCGGAUCUCUUGACAAUCUAAAACCUGAAGAUGCGCAACAACUUAUUGACGAAGUUGAAGACAUCAUGGAUAAAAUCGAUGUCUCUGAGGAAAAAUUCGAUCUCGUUCUACCGAACUUGCUGAUUUCCGUUGAUCUGAUGUCUAGAUACGUGACUUUUGGUGAUACAUCGAUCGUAACAAGAUCGACUUUACCAGACUCUACUUUCAAAUGCGGUCUUGCAGAGGAAGCAAGGCUUGAUUUAGGAUCAAAAUCACUUAUCCCACAGCUUAAUUCUAUUGCAGAAAACAGAGUCAAAUGCGCUAUUUUUGCAAAUGCUUCAAUUUUUGCUACAAAUGCCAGUCAAACGACAACAGGAGAAGCCAUUUCUUUCUCAAUUGGCGAUUACAAGAUUGAAGACUUGAACCGAGACGACAGAAUUCAGCUUGUGUUCUCUAGAGAUUCCACAAGAAGGGGAGCUAACCGAAAUUGGGACACCUGCAAUUACUGGGACAUAGAAGCGCAAGAAUGGACUGAUAGCGGAUGCAUCAAGGAUGUGAGACAAUCAACUAAAGACAAAACCGUUUGCAAAUGUAACCACUUCACCAAUUUUGCUGCUCUGUACACACCAUUCCGCGAUGAAGACUCAAUUCCAGAGGCUCAUAAUCUGAAUAUGACUACUUACAUCGUUUCCGCCUUGUCUAUCGCUUGUCUUUUGGCUACUUUAGGAAUUCACCUGUGGUUUGAAAAGUUGAGAUCAAACGCGCAAAAGAGAAUUUUGAUCAGUCUCUGUUUCGCACUUCUUGGUCGUGAUGCUUGUAUUCUAGCCAUAGGAUUCUCAGGAACUGGCCUAGCCAGCUGCGAGUGCAAAGAUGCAUAUUUCAAAGCAUACGCGGGGAAUGAUACAGAGAGCUCAUGCGGAUUGAUCGAAAAAAGAAAUGAUACGAUUGGAGACUCCAUCGGAGAUGUUGUUGAAGCUUAUAGAAUUGGUGACGACGAAUGGAUGAAACUGCGCUAUGAGAUGAACUAUUGUCCUCAACUGGUCACUGCCGCCGCCUUUGCUCAAUAUUUCAUCACCGCCGUAUUUUUCUGGAUGGCGUGUGAAGGGGUACACUUGUACUACAGUGUCGCCGUCGUGCUCAACAAACCAAGGAGCAAGUACAUCACGAAGCUCUCCGUCGUCGGCUGGGGAAUGCCGCUGCUUUUUACCGUCAUUGUUCUGAUUGUCGAAGCCACUACUGGAAAAGGAUACAAGCUGAACUUCGAGUACGCAAGAGAUGAGGCUAUAGAAACGAAUUUUUGGAUAUUUCUUGAUGACACCAUGGAUCAAAACUUCUAUGUAGAAAAGCUCAGCGGAUAUUUCUUUGACUUGUUUUUGAUCCCUUACUUUAUCAUGGUGAUGUUCGGAAUGGUCCUUUCAGCGCUAAUCAAUAGCCAAAGUAAUGUUGUCAAGACUUUUCAAAGGAUAUCGAACUUUCUCUCCAUGAAGCCAGAUGAGAAACGAAAACCACUCGCGCUGCACCACCAAAACUGUCCAGAAACUUAUCGAACAACGCAACAAAGAAUCAUCAGAAACGACUUCAGGGAAUGA